AUGUCGUUAAAAGCAGCAAUGAUGCUGACACCCUCUCCGCCGCCUACUGCAGCAGUGCCCAUACGAAGGCCGUGCAGCGAGACGCAGAAGUCGGCCCACCGAUCUGGCAGCCAGAGUCACGCCGCGAAACCAGCUCUGCUGCUACUUUCAGGCUGUGUCCUUCGCUUUGGCCUGCGAGGAGGGCGCUUGAGCCGCGGCUCGCAGCGGAACGGACUGCGUUCGCCUCGUGUUUCCAGGGCAGCUGGUGGACCUGUCGAGGAGGGGGACACUAUCGCGGUGGUCGGCGCCGGGGGCAAUGCUCCCACCUCGAUGCAGGCUGCUGCCACAACAGACCCGAAGACGGAGCUCAACCACUUUUGCCAGAGGUACUGCCAGCGGCCGGUCACCAAAGCCGAUAUCUCCUACACCACGAACAAGUUCGGGAACCAGUAUCAAAGCAUCGUGAAGCUGGAUUGCAUUCAGGGUCAGGAGUACGCUGGCCACCUUUGUUUGAACCAGAAGGAGGCGGAAAAGUCCGCAGCUGAGCAAGCGGUCAUGGCUUUCCGGCCUCAGAUGGCAACACUGCCGCCGCCGGCAAGCAAGGAUCCAAAGAAGAAGAAGGAGCGGCCGAGGCUCACGCCCGCUGAGCUUGCCGCUAAGAAGGCAAAGCAAGCGGAGGAAGGCGACAACCCCGCGGUGACGCCGAAGACGAAGCUCAAUGCCUUGGUCAUGAAAAUUGCCAAGCGCUAUCUUCAGAAGGGCGAGACCAUCUACGAGACAAAAACUUACGCCGGUGGGGGUCACCAGGCAACAGUGCAGCUGAAGGCCUUGCCUGGCGAUUGGGGCAGCCGCGUGUGGGCAGGCCAUGUCAGCUCUACCAAACAGAAGGCUGAGCAAAGUGCAGCAGAAAUCGCACUGAAGCAGAUCAGCGAGGACACAGAGAUGAUGGCAGAGGCUGCUAAGCCCAAGGGCGCGGGGAAAGGCAAGGGCAAAGGCAAAGGGAAGGGCUUCGGCUUCAUGUGGGGCCCCUGGGACUGGCAGAUGAUGUGGGGCGGAGGGCCUUCUGGGCCCAAUCUCCCGCGCGAGCGGGUUACAGAGGAGCCGGUGAAGGGCGAGGUCCUGGAGUGGAAGGAAAGCUUCGGCUGGCUGAAGUCCAGCGCGCCCAUUGACCACCCCUCGGCAAAGCAGCGCGAGGGGAAGAUCUACGCAAGCAAGAAGGACGUUACGUCGGGAACAAUCGAAACAGGGUCCAGAGUUAGCUUCCACGUGUACAAGGACGCCCAGGGCCUUGGAGCAGAAGAAGUACAGGUGGGCCGACUUGUCACUCAGCGGCUCUGUAGCAUGAACAUGUUCCGAGUGCACGGAGUCCUUCGGAACAAAGAGAAUGCCAAAUGGGCGGAAGGCAUCUCGGGCCUCGAGCUUUUCGAGGCGGACUCUCGAGACGCCCUCGCCCUCCAGGACCCGCUCAGUACUGCGAAUGCAGUGGUUUGCACUACCGGUGUCCCGGCCUUCGGCAUUGCGGGACAGUGGGAAAAGGGCAAUCAUCCAGAAUCCGUAGAUCACUUCGGUGUGAAGAAUGCUGCGCAUGUUUGGUCUGCGGCUUCGGGGCCGAAGCGUCGCUUUGUGCUGAUGUCUUCGAUAGGUGUCACACGGCGCGAUGGGUUUCCGUACAGCAUCCUCAACGGUGGCGGUGUCUUGGAUGCGAAGGCAAAGGGCGAAGCGGCCGUGCGCGAGCUUGCCACACAGCGGGGCUUCGGUGUUACAGUGGUUCGGCCUGGGCAGUUGUUUGGCGGGCCGUAUGACAACAAUCGCUACUUGGGCACACUCUUCCAGCUCGACAAGGACUCCAGCGUUCAGGCUGUGAAACUUGAAGCCGGAGACACUGCGGUGGGCGACACAUUGCGCAGUUCACUCGCUGGCGUCCUCGUACGUAGUCUUUUUUGUGCGGAACCUGACAUGGAGUUUGCAGAGUUACUUCUUGUGUUGAAUGCCGGGAGCAGUUCCUUGAAGUAUGCUCUUUUCAGCAUUGCCGGAGCUCCUGCCCGUUGGAGUCGGGUGGUGCAUGGGCUGGCAGAGGGCAUUGCCACAAAGGCCGAGUGCCGAAUCAAGGAGGAGACGCAUGAGGGCAAAAAAGUCCACAAGGUGGAUCUCCCGGAUCACCGGACGGCUUUGAGCCGCGUUGUUGAUUUGUUGCCUGGCAAAGAUAACAUCAGCUCGGUGGGUCAUCGAGUCGUUCACGGCGGUGAGAGUUUUAAAUCUGCUGCUUUGAUAAACCAGACAGUUAUGCAGGCCGUUCGCAAUGCAACUGUCCUCGCCCCUUUGCACAACCUGUGGAACAUCUUGGGCAUUGAGGUUGCCGAAGAGCUGUUCGGGAGAGACUGCCCCCAAGUGGCUGUUUUUGAUACAGCCUUCCAUCAGACAAUGCCACCUCGUGCAUAUAUGUAUGCUCUCCCUUAUGACCUUUAUAAGACCCACCACAUCCGGAAGUAUGGAUUUCAUGGCACUUCUUACCUUUAUGUGGCAGAGGAGACAUCCCGAGUGCUGAAGAAGCCUUUAGACAAGCUGAACAUCAUUGCAUGCCACGUGGGCAACGGCGCAUCGAUGGCAGCAAUCAAGCAGGGCAGAUGCGUUGACACCACCAUGGGAAUGACUCCUUUAGAGGGCCUCGUCAUGGGCACACGGUGUGGCGACAUUGAUCCAGCUGUGCCUUCCCAUCUCAUUGAGCAGUUGGGAUACUCUGUGAAGGAAGUCAACAACCUGAUGAACAAGGAAUCAGGGUUGCUCGGGCUCUGUGGCCUGUCUGACGACCGGGACGUUGAACAAGAAUACUUUGAGCAGAAGCCACGCGGGACUCUGGCGAAGGAGGUCCAAGUCUACCGGAUGCGCAAAUACUUGGGUGCCUUCAUGGUUGCGCUUGACGGACAGGUUGACGCGCUGGUGUUCACAGGAGGUCUCGGGGAGAAGUCCCACCUGUUAAGGACACUUGUCUGCCAGGGCUUAGAUCGCCUUGGGCUUGAAAUCGUCGAGGAGGCGAACCAAGCGAAGGGCGGCCGCUUCUCUGAGAACACUCGCUUGGACUCUGCGCGCCUCUCAACGCAGAUCUGGGUGAUCCCCACAGAUGAGGAACUCUGCAUUGCUCAGCAAACGCAGAUGAUUGUGUCAAAGGACAUGCUUACGCAGUGA